AUGACACUCAUGGCCAUGUCUGAACAGACCACUCAGAAGAUGAUGAACAUGUUCAAUACUGCACAUGCCAUUGGGAAGAAGGGGAGAUCGUUUACGGACUUCGAGUGGAUAUGCGACUAUGAAAUGGGAUUUUUGCCCCUGGCCCUGGCAACAGAUGGUGCUGCUGUGAUGAUCGGAGCCAGGACUGGUGUGGUCAGCCAACUGAAGGGGGACCAAGCCUACAUCAUCAGCAUCCACUGUAUGGCAUACAUGAUGUAUGAACGUGAUAUCCAAUCUGUUGAUGCCCAAAAUGUCAGAGGUGUGAAGCAAGCCAAGGCCAGAAAAUACUACAGCACUGCCAGGGAGGCUGUUGUCAUCCGCUUCUGUGGCUUCCUGAAUGACACCCUAACCCACCUGAGCAGCCUGUCUGCCAGUCUGCAGAGGUCCACCAUCACCAUUGCAGAGGCCCACAGUUCCUUGUGCUCAACACAGGCAGUACUCAAGAAGUACAAAACCAGAGAGGGGCCCAUGCUGAAGGGCGCAAUGGCGAACAGCUAUGAGGGAAUUUCACUGACCAGCAGAGAAAGUGACAGGAAGACCCUCAUCACCUGGUGGAUCACUUCCAAGCCUGUCCUGGAAACCUCUGCCAUCCAUGUUGAAAAGAUUCCUGACCAGUGGACCAUCCUCAAGGUGCUGAUGUGCCAAGAGCCCCAGUCCCUGCAGCAGAUGUCCUGGGUCAGUGUCAACAGGAGCCAUCAGCAUUCUUGCCCUGAUUUGCUGGCACUGGUUGACCUGGUCCUGUCCUUCCCUGCCUCCAUGGCUGAAUGUGAAAGAGGUUUUAAUACCAUGAAACAGGUGAAAACCAAUUGGCGGUCCAGUCUACUGUCUGAUACACUGUCAGAUCUUCUUAUGGUCCAGCUCUCCUCCCCAGAGAUCAAGGAGUAUGAUCCCACCAAAGCUGUGAUACUCUGGCACCAGGACUCAGGACUCCAGACUUCAUGGACUGUGCAAAGGGGGUGA